GUACCACUAGAAUGGCUUAUAUUUUUUUCAAUAACAUAGAUAAAUUAGUAAAAAUAAUAAGCGAAUAUCAAGAAGAAUAAUAAACAUACUAAAAGAUAAUAAUAAAAUUUUAAAAUCAAUAUUAAAGAUCUAUUUAAACCCUUGAUUCAAUAGAAGUGUCAUUAAAAACAGUUAAAAUAGAACCUAAUCGGUCAUCAUUACAUAAAAACAAAGAAUGAUAAAUGGAACACAAUCAGUAAGAAUUAACAUAGUCCAGUAAUUGAAAAAAUUAGAACGAAAAGAGGCAGAAUGUAACCAAGUAAAAAAUAAACUAUAAAAACUACAACAUUCACUAACAAAUGUAGAAAAGAAAAUAUGACUAUAGGAAGAGAGAUAGAAUUAGUAAAUUUAACUAACAUGGAACAUCUAUAAUAUAAUAUUAGAGAAUUAAAAGGAGAUUUAACAUGUAAAAUUAGACAACGUCAGCAUGGUGUAAGAGAACUAAUAUAACAUCCUCAGAUUAUUUAUAUCGAGAUAGAAUUCAUAUUAUAUAUUUGCUUCAAGGAAUUAUCCAAUUAUUAGAACACGUAAUGAUAAUUGAUUCUAAAUUUCAUAUUAAAAAAUUGGUUUGGUAUCAUAGUAUUCAAAAGAGGAUUCAAACUAAACAAAAUUUAUAAAAUAUAUUUGCUUCAGUGAAUAAUUCAAUAAUUAGAACACAUGAUAAUUGAUUAUAAAUUUUCUAUUCAAAAUUUGGUUUGGUAUCAAGUUUUCAAAAAUGAUUUUAACUAAUGAUAAAAAAGAUGUUUUUCAUAAGUCCAAAGAAAAGUAGAAGGACCAAUUAUAAAAUUUAGAAAAUGGAAUGUUCCAAUAAUAUUCAGUCAACUUUAACGGAAUGUACUUAGCAGCAAAAUUUAAGUGCUACCGGGAGCAUAUAUAAUAGAGUUCAGUGGUACGCGAUGCCCUAUUCUUAGUUAAGUGGUAUAGCUCUCUCAAUUCUCAUACUUUAGUGGUACCCGAGGUAUUUUACCCUAGUGCGUUUGGAUUUUCAUUAUAUGUUGGAUCCAAGUAUGAUUUGUUAUUUUGGUGUAAUGUUAUGUGUUUUUAUCCAUAUGUCGAUUGCGCCGAUGAGGAUUUGGAUUCGGCAAUUUAAAAAAAUUGUGAUAAUGAGGUGGAAGAAAUUUGAAAAAAUUAGGGGUUCUUUAUUUUAAAUAAAAGUGAUAAUGGGGUGAAAAUGAGAUGACAAUUUUAAAAAAUUAAUUUUGUUAAUUUUAUUAUUUUUAAAUUGCCACGUCACACAUUUAACGGUCAAUUUUUAUAGUUGACCGCCACUUAAGCAAAAGUUAACGGAGUUGGACGGAGAGUGACCAAACGUGAACGGUUUCAGUAAACUGAAGUACUACUAAUGGAUUUAAAUAUUUCGAGUGACCAAACUUGAACGUUUUUUGUAAUCUCAGUGACCAACCAUAUAAUUAACCCAAUUUAUAAAUGUAUGAACAAAAUAGUGACAUUUAAUCAUGACUAAAUCGAGACUAAAGCGAUCAGACCAUUGACCUGAACCCACUUUCUUAAUCGGGCCAACGGGCCAAACCAGGUUUACAAUGUUGGACGAGACCAAUUCCCUCCACUACGGACACGUAUAUAAAGUUGUUAACUCAUCCUCUUCUUCCUCCCAAAUGCCACACUAUCUCUCUGCUUGCCAAAUUUGCCCAUUUCUCCACUUCCCAUCACCCUGCAUUCUGUCUCUUUGCCUUGUAAUAACUUGGUAGAACUGAACACAAGCAAAUAUACGAAGACACCCAAGGAUGCAAUUGCAGAAUACCAUUUCCAUUGCUUCUCUGCUUGCUGCAACUCUUCUCCUCUCCUUCUCCACUGCUCUUAAGGAAGGCCAAACUUGUGCAGCAGACAGAUUCUGCGACUCGGGGCUCCACUGUGAAACCUGUGUGGCUAACGGCAAUGUUCGCCCUCGUUGCACCAGAAUCCAACCCAUAAUCCCAACUUCUAAGGUGAAGGGAUUGCCAUUCAAUCGGUACACAUGGCUUACCACCCACAAUUCGUUUGCCAUGAUGGGGGAGAAAUCCGCAACUGGGUCCAUCAUUCUAGCUCCCACUAACCAGCAGGACUCCAUUACUAGCCAGCUCAAUAAUGGGGUGAGAGGUUUGAUGCUGGACAUGUACGACUUCAUGAAUGAUGUCUGGUUAUGCCAUUCUUUCGGAGGAAGAUGCUUCAAUGUGACAGCUUUUCAACCAGCUGUGAAUGUGCUCAAGGAGAUUCAAGCUUUCCUCGAAUCGAACCCAACUGAGAUCAUUACCAUCUUCAUAGAGGACUAUGUUACUUCCUCAAACGGACUAACCAAAGUUUUCAAUGCUGCUGGCCUGAGGAAGUACUGGUUUCCAGUGACAAAGAUGCCCAAAAAUGGCGGGGACUGGCCGACGGUUGACGAUAUGGUCAAGAACAAUCAGCGGUUGGUAGUCUUCACUUCCAAGUCAGCCAAGGAAGCCUCGGAAGGGAUUGCUUACGAGUGGAGAUAUGUGGUCGAAAACCAAUAUGGGAACGGUGGGAUGGUGGCUGGCUCGUGCCCAAACCGGGCAGAAUCAUCAGCCAUGAAUACAACAACAAGAUCACUGGUGCUAAUGAACUACUUCCCUGAUAACCCCGAUCUCUCGCAGGCUUGUAAACAGAACUCUGCCCCAUUGAUGAGCAUGACAGACACAUGCCAUCUGGCAGCAGGCAACCGAUGGCCUAACUUCAUCACAGUCGAUUUCUACAAGAGAAGCGAUGGAGGGGGAGCUCCACAAGCGACGGAUGUCACGAAUGGGAAGCUUGUUUGCGGGUGUGGGAACAUCGAUUCUUGCAGGCAAGGUAUGGCGUUUGGGGAAUGUGAGCUGCCAGAGGCUGGUGUAGCUCCAGCACCUGGAGCUGCAGCAAAUGAAACAACAAGCUCUGCAGGUUUAGGGAAGAGAGCACCAUUUUUGCAGGGAUUGCGGAUGGCUGUGUUGAUUCUUGGGUCACUUCAUUUCUCUCUGUGGUUUUAGUUCUUAAAGAGUACAACCAGUGUUCUUGAACUUGUGUCUGUUGUAGUGUCUAAGGCAGUGUGGAAAGCAAAUGCCUGAAUCUAGUGGCGAAGGAGAUACAAAUGACGAACUUGGCAAGGUUGAUCAAACAACUGAAAAUACGACAUCGUAUUUGCCUUGAGCAUUGGGCUAGAGCGAACGAAUGGGCUUUGAGCCCAAUAUUUGCGAAUGAAUAAAAGAUAAUAUAUGUUGCCCGCCCACCAAGCCCAUAAUCUGGAAUGAGUCCGUUAUUUGAGUUAGAUAUGCCCCUUUUCAUUUGUUGGACCUGGACCAACUUGUUGCUGAAUAUUUGUGUUUGGCCUUGAGUCACAAGUUAGUCAUUGAUAGAGUUUGGCUAGUGACUCUAAAAAAAAAAUAGAAUGGAAAAAGUCGUAACGUGUAUAGGAGAUUAAUUGUCGGUUUGGUAAGUGUUAUGAUAAUGACGGGGUGAUAUAAUCGAUUUAUGUCGUUUAUAUUGAUUUCUCGCAAAACAUGUAGGAAAGCGCUAAAUGAAUUUAGAUAUUAUAUAUAACAGAUUUGAAUGCAAUCUCUCUAAAAUCUAUAUCCGUAUUUAAAUAAAAUAUAAUAUUCCAAACAAUAUGAAAAAGGCUCAUAUUUAAAUGUAAUAUUUAAAACUCCAACAUUCAAAAGUUUAUAAUUGAAUCCAACAAAUGACAUAUAAACAUCUAAACAUUCAUACUUGAAUCCAACAAAUAAAUGUUGGAAAUGGGUCAUUUCGGCCAUACCGAGGACACUCUCCAGCCAGUACAUAACCGGUACCGAUCAAAUCUGGUUGUAUCGGCUGACAUGCCAACCAGUGGCGAAUCCAUAAUUUUUUUGUAGGGGUGUCCUCUUCUAAAAAAUUAAAUUAAUAAUUAAAUAAUUAAAUAAAAUAAUACUUAAAUAAUUAAAUAUCCAAUUAGUACAAAGUUGACAAAAAGCCACGAUGUAUUUUUCAUAUUUCGAAAAAAAUAUAAGAUAGAUUUGGUGUCUACACUGCUCAACAAAUCGGUAUAUCCUACUAGAUCGUAUAUUCAAUUUCUAACAUUAUUCAUGAUGUAAUUCAAAGUUGAAAAGACUAUUUCAGCACUUACGGUGUAACCAUAAAAUCAAUUCAAAUUAGGGGUACCCCUAGGGAUAAGAAAUCGUGUUUUUACCAUUACAUAGUGUUUAAAAUAGAACAACAAAUGAGUUAUAACCUAAUGGAGAAGAUGUUUAAUAAUAGGAGUGUCCUUAUCCUAGAUGUAAAUAACACAGAAUACCACUUAUAUUUUUUUAAUCAUACGCAAACUACUAUCGAGGGUAAGAUAAUCGUUUAUUAAAAUUUUAGGGGUGUC